AUGAAGGAAAGCAUAGUAGAGUCUCUAGACUCUUCGAAAGUUGAAACCAUAUUACAUGAAGUUGAGGCAGAUGACUCAUUUAAAAUUCUGAGAAUAAGUGACCGCACCCGGUUUAUCACACCGAAUCCUGUGAAUCUCGUCCCUAUAUCAAAUGAUUUCAUGGUAUCCGAUCGCCCUGAUCAAAAUUCAAUAAUAACCGUUCCAGCUGGAAGUGUUGUAGAGGUUACAGGGACUGAGUGCUAUUUCCACUCUUGUGUUGACCUACUCAUCGUCUAA